CACUUCACUUCUCCUACAGCAGAGAAACCUUUCAGCAAAACCCUAGACCCUAGAGAUGAACUCCAUAGCCAGGGAAGCUCGAAGCCUAUUGAAGCGCCCGACUUGGGCGUCCGGCCAGUCGCUGAGCUGCAAUCCUCACCAUCACCAGCAAUGGAGGGGGAUCCGGGUGAAGGUCUUGAACGGGAACCUCGAGCGGGCACUGACCUACAUGCAGCGGGUGAUGCAGUCCAGCGGGAUCGAGCGGAUGAUUAAGCAGGAGCAGACUCACCACAUCAAGAACUCCGAGAAGCGCGUGCUGGCACGCAAGAACCUCGAGCGUAAGCUCCGGUCCCAGGAGUUCGCCCGCAAGCUCCAGGCGGUUCUCGUCAAGAAAGUCAGGGGCAUGUGAGAACAUUUUGGAUCGGUAUCAUCAGACAGGGAGAAACAACAUCAAUUUUUAUGACACUCUUGGCAGUUUCCAUGAGCUCCGACAUCGAUAAGUUACCUUCCUGUUCGACACUUUGAGGGCAGUACAAAUUUUUUAGAUGGUGCUUGAUAAUAUUACAGUCUCUUAAUGUAGACUGCCCAAACUUCCAGGAAGUGAGUGAUAGACAUGUUUUAUCUGCGAAAGGGUUGUGUUCUAUAUCCCGUGAGCUGAAAAUUCUCGCUCUUGAAUUUGAUGGCAAUUUCCUCGAUCUAUUCGGACAUUGUGCAAAUUGAAUCAUCAGAAAUGUCUAAUGCUAAGCAGCUUCUGCUGUUUCCAGUCGAAGAUUUCA